GUUAUCGAGGAACAAAUUAGUGGGGAUGACAAGACUUCGCUAUGCUUUAUUAAAUUGUACAUAACUCCUACGCGGAGACGACCAUCUCGGCAUAGUCUCAUUGCUCCGGGCACACACACACAUCUAUUUCAGUAUACUCUGCGGACACUCUUCGGACACUCUUCGGAUCACUUGGACUAUUCGGCGGACUACUUCCCUGUACAAUGGUUUCACUGCAGUACGAUACGGCCAAGAGGCUGUAUUCGACGAAGGCAAAGCACAAAGUCCUACGUCCGCGUAAAAUGAUUUCGUCACGCCUCCGUACACUAACCGCACCGCCACUCUUUUCUCAUUUAAAAGUCAAAUUAAUUCAUUUCUGUACGAAAAAUCUUACUAUAUUGCGUCGAUUUAAACAACAGAUUUCGCUAGCUCGCAGAUCGCCGAGCAUCGGCAUAGGUCGAACGAUUUUUUAUCCGUUUAAAAACACAUCGAUCACCGGCGAUACGUCUUAGCAGCCUCCGUCCGACGACCAUGUGAACCCUAUCGGGCACAUCGAUCUCCGCCGUACGCCGGUGUCGGUCUGCGACCCACGUGGGCCACCGACUCCGCUGCCACUGCGCACUGAAGAUCAGGUUAUCGUCAGACAAAUUCCAUAUUGUUGGCAAUUGUAUUUGGAUCACUUAUAUGAAAGAUACGCAAUCGUCAAGUGAUCAAGAAAUUAAAUAUGAUUCCUAAAAUGCCUGCAUAAUUAUCCAGCUUUUCCAAUAUUCGUAUGGUAUAUUCGUAAUUUACAAUAAGGCGUAGAACAAGAUUUCGUUCAAAACUAUAUAAAUACUAGAUAAACACCGAUUAAGCAAUAUAACAAUAUAUCAUAUUAAGUAACGAAGUGUCCAGUACCUAGUAUAAUGUCAAACGAGAGAAGGUCUGUCAGAAAUAACGCCCUAACUGAGUUUUCAUACGGAACAAACGAAAAUCAGCACACUGGAGUAUAUCUGAAUAAUGAAUAUUUAGAUGGCAUUUCUAUUAUGGUGUCGCCGAAUAAUUCAGAAAGAAAUAGCGAAACUAUAAACGAUAACACGGAAGUGGUACAUACAUUAAGUCAAUUAAAUCAACCCCAACAAAACUCGGCAACAACACCACGUCCAUUAAUUCACACCGACGGUUCAAAUGAAACACCGCUAUCGUUGAAUGUAGAAUGUAAUGAACCAGUCGUAAAAUCGUAUUAUGGAAACAACAUGGAUAAUGUCGUAAAUAUUCCGAACAUAAGAAUUAAAAGGCCAUCGAACCACGGCAAUCAGAAUCGACCGUAUCUCUCUACAAGCUUGCAGCAUAAUAUGAUGCCCGCGGAACAAAGUGAAAGUGGAAUGUUUUCUCCAUAUAGGAUUGGAAACGGUAGCCCAUCUACUUCUAGUGCAUCCAGACCACCGGAUCAAAACCAAUAUUGUCAUAAUAAUAAUAACGUUCUUCGUGUACAGGAAUAUCCUAGUUCACCGUACCGUUGCGAAUCAGUUAUAAAAUAUUGUAAACCGACAGAAAACCAAUUUGAAACCGUCAAUACACCAAUAUGUGAUCCGAGGCUAAUAAACCGCGAUGAAAAUACAUAUAUGUUGGAUAAUUUUGAAGAAUUGAAACCAAUAAUAUAUACCAAUAAAGACGAGGACUUACGAAUAGUCAACAUGAAAUUUAAAAACACGAAAACAAGUUACAAAUUUGGUGUUGUAAAUGAUUCGAAUAGCACUGAUAACUUUAAUAUAUACACCUUUAAGAGUGAAAGGGACCCACGUCGUACCAAAAACGACCGGGAAUCUGAAACAUACAUAGAUUGUAAUAAUCAAUUGAAUAUUUUGAAUACUGAACGAUACAAACAAUUAAAUGUUGGAAAGAUGAUUGGCGUAAUAGAUAUAAGGAGUGACGAUGUGGAUGUUGUGAACAAUAUUGAAACUGCAAGUACUUCUAAUGGGGUAGAACAAUAUAAUAAAGAGAAAAGUGAAAAACUCAAGAAGUCAAUGGAAGACGACCAAAAAAAAUUAACAGAAACUGUAGAAAACAUAAUUCACUAUUUAGAUGAUGAUACAAGUGAUCUAAGAUGCCCAACAAGAACACUUUCAAAGAAAAAUGAUGGAAUAAUUGAAACAUAUGAUUUUAAUGAUCAAACAAAAAAUAAAAUUAAAAAAGCAAAUGAAAACAUUUUAACUGUUGAGAAUUCCAAUGUUGAUAAUACGCACCAUAAUGUUGAUAAUAUUUUUGGACUAACAGGACGAUCAGUAACACUUAUUGAUUUGACGUUUGAGGAGAACACAGCUGAUGAAAGUACUAAUCAAAAUGUUGACACUGGAAUGUUUACUUCAAAAUUAAAAGACACGAUAGAAACGUCUACAGUUAAUGAAGAAAAAUUGAAUAAAAUUAACAAGUCUUCAAAAAAUUCAGAAAAACUUAACAACGAAAAAAAUGAAACCAAUGCUGAAAACAUAAUAUUAAAUGAAGAUUGUUCUUUUGUUGAUCAGCGUCAGACAUCUAAGAAAAAAUCACAUAAACACAAAUCAAAAAAACGGAAUAAAUCUACAGACAAUAAUAAACAUUCUGAAAUUUAUAAAGAUGGAAAUUCAAGUAAGACUGAUUCCAGUGUCUCGACAAUCGAUUCUGCAAUUGAAAAUACCAAUUCUGAACUGGCAAUUAACAGCGGACAAACCAGUGAUGAACAAACAAACAAUGCAGGAAUGCGGACAAAACUAUACAAACAGCAAAAAAAAACUGACAAAAAUGAAUUGAUAAGUGAGCCGGAUGCGAUGGUUCAGCGUGUAAAUGAAACUCCUUCUAAUAUUAACGAGAAUUGUAUUGAUAACACAAGUGAAAUAAUUGAAAAUAUCCGAAAUGAAGUACUCAGUUUAGUAGAAAUUAUUAACAGGGAAACCUAUGGCGGAGUGCAGUCGAAUCCAAAUACUUCUACUGGAAGUGCAACACCAGAAACGGACGUAGGUGAAAAAACACACUACACCCACGAUCAAAUAUCAAUCAGAGUGCAAGAUCCAAACGAAACAACUGAAUCGAACUUUCCUAACCAAAAUCACAGAUCGACGAAAGAUAUUGAAAAACUCGUUCCCGGUCGACGAGGAACUAAUGAAGUUAACAUCUACUUGUUACCGAAACCUGAACGUAAGUAAAAAACAGUGAUAACACUUUGUUUUUCCUAUUCAAUAACUCGUUAGUCGUUUCCAAUAAUUUCUUCUUUUUGUAACUCUGUUCGAUGAUCACAUGCAGUAUAUUAAUUAUUAUGCGCUCGCGCUUGAGCUUUCAUAAAAAAUAAUAUGUUGGUAACUAGCUGGAAAUCCUGAUUUUUCCCGAAUAAAAAAAUUGAUUUUGGUUUCGGAUAUCGGUAUUUAUGUUUUCUGAUUUCGUUUUUGUUUUCAAUAUUGAUUUCGGUUUUUAACUGUUUUAACUGGUAUUGAAAAUCGGUAUCCAAUAUUGGUUUCAAGCCCUGACUUCAGUUCACGGGCAAAUCGGAUUACAGGCAUCGGUGUAAUUCGGUCUGUUGACUAAUUCGUCCACAGUUGGUAUGAUUGACUUGUGGUGGAUUGGAUUAUGGAUAUAGCAAUCAGCAUAUUUUUGAACGUGGAGGUAAAUUAUACUCUAAACUUUCCCUAUAUCGCUAUGAACAAUCUCCGAAACUUUCGUAAAAAUCGGUUGAAAUGUGUUGUAUCUAAAAGCUACAGAUACAUCAUCUCUAUGUAUAGGCACAUUAGGUACAUGUUGUUGGACGUUUGAAUAACAAACACAAAAUUAAAUAGUAUUUUCUUUUAUUUAAAAAAUAACUUUGCUAGUAUAUCAAUUGUUUUUUUCUGUAACCAAUGACAGUAUGACCACCUUAUAUACAAACAAAAAAUGAUUCAAUCUUCUUCAGCUAGCCUAUACCACCAACCUUUAUGGGUUGAAAAAAAAUUAAGUAUACGAGAAUACAACCGAUAUACAUUUUAUUGAAAUCUCACGGGUUGAAAAUGAAAAGGUUCUAUGUCACAAUAUCCAAUUGUUCAAUAGAGUGAUUCUUAACUUUAAUACCCAAUAUCUUUUUUUCACGUUAUCUUAUGAAUAUAACCAUAAUUUUAACAAAUAAAUAAAUACAAUUAUUAUCAUAUACAUUGUUAAUAUUAAGUAUUAGACAUCCACACAUUUUAUAAAACCCAAAAAACUGGAAAAAAGUGUAACAGAAUGAAAAAGUUCUGUGUAUAGGACCUUUUCAUUCUUCCAACUAAAUGAUAUGAUAUACUUAGAACUUUUUUCUUUUUUUGGAAUUCCAUACAAUAUUUUUACUUCUUAUCAGAGUUACGAACACAUGAAACAUCAAUAUUUAUAAUUAAAUUUGUUUUUACAUUAAUUUAAUGUUUAA